AUGGCUGCCGUUUCCCCUGCUGCCGCUAGGGCCGAGCCAGGCCAAUGGAAGAAGAACCUUUCGGCCCACGUCAUUUGCCCCGAGUGCAAAGAAGUGCCCCCUAAUCUGGAGUUUCCUGGUUCCCAUGAAACUGUUUGCGGCUCAUGUGGCCUGGUCCUCGCUGAUCGGGAAAUCGACAUGCACUCUGAAUGGCGUACAUUCUCCAACGACGAUCAGAACAACGACGACCCUUCUCGUGUUGGAGAUGCUAUGAACCCGCUUCUCAACGGUGAUCAGCUGGAGACCCAGAUUGCUAGUGGUGGGUCGGGCCGCGUUCGCGAUCUUUACCGGGCUCAGAACAAGCAGUCAAGUGAAAAGGCAAACAAAGCUCUUCUGGCAGCCUACAAGGAGAUCGGUGCUCUCUGUGAUGGUUUCAACAUCCAGAAGAACGUGGCAGACACAGCGAAAUACCUCUUUAAGAUUGUGGACGAUGCCAAGGCAUUCAAGGGAAAGUCUCAGGAUGUGAUCAUUGCAGGCUGUAUUUUUAUCGCCUGUCGCCAGUGCAAGGUGCCACGUACCUUCACUGAGAUCUUCGCGGUGACCAAGGUUACGAGGAAAGAAAUUGGGCGUAUUUACAAGGCUUUGGAGAAGUUCUUCACUGCGCAGAACCUCGAGCGGAUCAACGCUGUGGUCUCAAGCGGAGGUGUCCCUGAUCCCAACGACACAUACACCGCCACCACUUCCACCAAGCCUAGUGACCUUUGCAACCGUUUCUGUAACCUGUUGGAUCUGCCCUUCCAGGUUACUAGCGUCUCCUCUGCUCUAUCCGAUCGCGUGACAACGAUGGGAGAUUUGGCUGGACGUUCUCCCCUGUCCAUUGUGGCAGCCUGCAUAUACAUGGCUUCGUACCUGAUGGGACAUGGCAAGAGCGCCAAGGAGAUAUCUCAGGUGGCCCAUGUCAGCGAUGGUACGAUCCGCGGUGCUUACAAGCAGCUAUAUGCUGAAAGAGAACGCCUGAUCGAUCCCGAGUGGAUCAAAGAUGGAAAGGGUGACUUGAAGAACCUGCCUAAUAGUUAA